AUGGUUCGGUCGGCCGUGGUCACCAAUGCGAACGAUCAGCAGCUGGUCUACGAGGCCUACUCGAAUUUUGUCCAAGGCCUCUUCGAACUCACGGAUGCUGUCUCUACGACGGCUCCGACCUUGAUCGAUCUCGAUAAGCAGGCAGAGUUCCGAGUGCCCGCCGCGGUCCUCACGGUGGCCGUUGUUGUCGACGCCCUCCUCUUCCAGGUUAUGGGAAUCUUCCCGACUACGGCCUCGUACUCGCAGCAGACGGCAAACCAAAAGACGCAGGUCGACACUCACUUCCGUCAAACGAUCCACGCGUUCCAUCUUGCCACCGCCAAUACGGGCUCGCCGUAUUCCAACACCACCACUGUUUGA